AUGCAUGAGCAGCUUGCGGAUCCCAGCUACUGCCUCCCCGACUGUCCCUGUUCCGACCACAUGGCGUCAACUACGACAACUGCCCUCACCACCGAUGCUCAGCAUUCGCGUGCCCCUCCACCGUCCAUAGCCGCCAUCUCCGUCGUCUCUGUCACAACUUUCGCGGUGACGACGGCCUCCACCACAACUACCACUCCCGCCACCGAGCAAAAGGCUCCCGACUGCCUGUCAACCACCACCUCAAAAUUUCCACCUCGAUUCCCAGCGAACUGA